AACGGCCCCCUUGUUAAGGCUACACGGGGGAUUUUUGUGCGUGAACAGUUGCCGCAUUGAAACGGAGGGGAUCUUCGACUCGCCGCCGCUCGGCUGUGCCGUGUCGUCCGGGGGGGUUGUGCUGCGGUGACAUCGGGACGGGGUGGCGAGGGGCCCCCCCUGCCCUCGUGAGACAUCUCCGGCACAACAAUUUGCCUGUCACUUGUGCAGGGUCCCCCUCGCACCGGUUAUUUAUUUAUCCGAAAUGAAUUUUUAAUUAUUGCAUUUCAUUUCGUUUCGUCUGGUGGUGGUGGUACUGCGUCAGAAUUACGAGGCGAAUAUUUCCCGCGUGGAAACGUAUGUGUAUUUUAAAAGCGAAGAAUUUUUACAUUUUAUUCCAUAUUUGAAUGCAGGAAAUAUUUUUUAACAUGUAACGUAGUUCUUGGAAUACAGCCGUGUUGACAUGUUAAGUUUGGAUGUGAUCAACAAAGCCUUUUCCUCACGUUAACAUAUUUAAAAUCACAUGUACAAACGCGUGUGUGUAUUUUAGCACAAUUUGUUUUAAAUGUGCUAGUAUUGCAUUAAAAAUUCAAGGAUUGUUAAAGUACUUUAUAAAACAUAGUUUUUCUGUCAGUGCAUUGUCACAUGAGAAUAACAUUCCCGAAAAGAGAAUCUUUACACGCUGAUUAAUGCACACUUUGUACACGAGUUAUCAUAAAUAAUGCUCUCAGUUCUGUUCCGGCAUUCUCACCAUUUUUGCGGAGUUUUUAUUUGCAAAUUACAACGUGAUUUUAGAUCCCACCCCCCCGCCUCUUCCUCCUCCUCCGCCCACUCCACUGCGCUAACUCUGCCCCAUCUAUUAUUUGCAUAAUUCAUUUGCAAGCGAUGCAAAAUAGCACUUGAAAUUGAUUUUUUUGUUAAACGGAAACGUUUCUUUAAGCUGCGCGUGACGUUAACGACCGAGCCGUUUAAAUAGGUAACAAAUCAGGUGCUUAAAUUGCCAAUCAGGGUUGUCACUUUGUUGCGCGACGUCAUAAUUUCCUCGGGGUUCGGCCUGCCUCUACAUGCAACGCCAAGUGUAGACAAAAAAAAAUGUGCACACUCCAUCGCGGCAGAAAAGCCCUGACCUCGCCACCGUCGGUAGCGUCCUUGUUUGGAUAGCAGGGGCGCUUGGGACAAUAGGGGAGCGUUGGGCUCGGGACGGCUCGUGAUGCGGGCGUGUCACCGCCGCGCCGGAGACGUCCAUGUGGAGCGCGCGUGAGGCUCGGCCCGACGCACAAGCGUGCUCGCGCGCGCCGCUCCACUCGCGCCGUCCGCCCAGGAGGCGCAGUCCCCAGUCGUAGUCCAUCGUCGCCGCCGUCGCCUCCACGUCCGCCGCUGCCUCCGCAAUGCUUCCUUUAAUUUAACGUCACUUUUUUGCUAUCGAGCGCCCCCCCCACCCCCGAAUGUCAGCGGCGGGAACGACAAAAAGUUGUUUAUCUCCGGCGCUUGAACCACAAAUGGAGCAGGAGAAGGACCAGCCUGGGCUCUCGGGCAGAGGAGCCAUGAACGUUUUGGGCUUUGCGGAACUUGGCAGGAAAAACAGUGCUCUGGCCAAUGGUUUCCUGUUUCUUCAUCCGGGCAGCGGGCUGCUCCUCGGAGCCGGAUGGAAGCCCAACAAAGUGCCGGUGGUGCAGUCGCCCCACCACGUGCACCCGCUCACGCCGCUGCUCGCCUACAGCAACGAGCACUUCGCUCCGGGCACUCCCUCGCCGCACCUCGCAGACCUCGACCCCAAGAUCGGGAUCCCUCGCCCUCCGCAUGGCCCCGACCUCGCUUCGUAUUACUCCCUCCCGGGGCAAAUACCGCACCCGCUGUGCUGGCAGGGGCAACCCCUCUACCCACUCAGCACUGCCGGCUUCCGGCCACCGUACCCCACAGCCCUCACCGUCUCCACCCCCGUGUCCCGGUUUCCGUCGCACCUGGUCCCGUCCCACCAUGGGCUGCACACAACCGGGAUCCCACACCCAGCCAUAGUCGCCCCUAGCCUCAAGCCGGAGUCGUCGCACAGCAACAGCAUGUACGUAGUCCCGUGGAGGGUCCCUCAACCCAGCCAACAUCCACAAAACUGGAAGGCGGCGGAGGAGAAGCGCGACGCUGACAAGAAGCCGCACAUCAAGAAGCCGCUGAACGCGUUCAUGCUCUACAUGAAGGAGAUGCGCGCCAAGGUGGUGGCCGAGUGCACGCUCAAGGAGAGCGCCGCCAUCAACCAGAUCCUGGGCCGGCGGUGGCACGCGCUGUCCCGGGAGGAGCAGGCCAAGUACUACGAGCUGGCUCGUAAGGAGAGGCAGCUGCACAUGCAGCUGUACCCAGGCUGGUCCGCACGCGACAACUAUGGAAAGAGGAAGAAGAGAAGGCGGGAGAAGCAACAGGUGGAAGUGUCAGGUCAGCCCUCCACAGUCGCCCUGUGCAGCGCACAGCACGUGGCACACAGCAUGGAGCUGGCUGCAGCUAAGCGGUGUCGGGCUCACUUCGGGCUAGAGCAGCAGGGGGACUGGUGCGGGCCGUGCAGGAGAAAGAAGAAGUGCAUUCGGAACGUAUCAAGGAAAGACCACCUCAAUCCUGCAGACAGAGGCAUGCUAGGAUGGCCCCCGUCCGCCUCUCCACAACCCUUCAACUGCUGGGCCUGGCCCAGCCUGCACGAGCCGCCCCACACGUACUUGAGCUCCGACUUUCUUACUGCCAAGCACGCCAAUUAACGUCCAUCUAACGCAACCGCCACCCCAUCCGGCCACAUUGCCCCGAUGGGCUGCCGCCGGCCCCCCCCCACCCCCCCCAACUGAUGCCCCCAUUCUCUGUAGCCCUCCCCCCCCCCCACUCACUCGCUGACCGCUCAGCCACAGGCACAUUUCGACCACGAGCUCGUAGUCGCGUGGCGCCGACCCUACGGCGACGGUCGAUCGGCGCGCACUUAACCCGGCGAGCCGCUCCGCACCCCCCCCCCCCCCCCUUGCACGCGCUGCUGCUGCUGCUGCUACACACGUGACGAUCCUCCACCCGCUUGAACCGCACUGUGACUUCACUCGCACGCUCGCUCAAAGAUUCCCCAGCACUAAUCAUCCCCCCUCACCCUUGUGCGUGUGUAAUACCUCCAACACCACCCCCCCCCCACACACACUUUAUCACUCUGUGUGUUUAAUACCACUGCUUGCACAUUCUUGAACUUCUCACCCAGAUAGUUUGGACACUUCAACACAGUUCACGUCACUGCACGUGCACAUUUUUGUUUUUCCCAUGGCACGGAAACCUUGUUUGACUGCACCGUGUGCGCUUGACACCAAUUCACAAGAGCACGUCACCACCACCACACCGUUUGCUCAGCACCCUCUCUUAUUCACUUGUGUGACGACACAGUACACACCCCCCCCCACCACCCCGUUACGUCACACUGCACAGACAGGUGUGUCCCCCCUCCCCCACUCACUCACUCCCUCAUUGCGGUCCAGUGCUUGCAUGCCCAUCUCACCGGGAGUGGACUUCAGGGUAAAUAUUGCGUUGGACAAAUUUAACAUUCAGGGGGGGGUGGGGCACGCAUUUAUAAUAAUGGCCUCUGUGAUCCCGUUAUUUGAUUGGUUGCUUUUGUAGACGUGUUUUUUUUAUUCCCCCUUUCGUUAUCCAUCUAAACCCUCGUCAAUGUGUGCGGAUCGCAUUCCCUUGGCACAGGCCUCCCAUCAUCCAGACAUAUUCAGCAGGGAAGACGUCAAAUUCCGUUUCUGCACACAAGCCUCGUGCAGGCUAUCUGAGCGACCCGAAAAGUAUCCACCUAUUUUUGUUUCGUAAUUAUUUUUGGUCGGCAAUGCUUUGUGGCUUGCUCUGCAUGGCCUGCUGCCCCAGUGCCCCGUCUACUCUCUCUCUCUCUCUGCCGUAAAGGCCAGUGCUAGGGCUUGUUCAUCUCAAUUGCUGCUGCUGGAGCAGCUCAGUGGGCAGGGCAUUAUGUUUGCUGGGGGGUUGUGGGCCCUUGCAGAAAACACAGGCAUUCACUUUAGCCAUUUUAACUUGAUGAGAGGAGGAUCAGAUAUUGCGGUUGACUGUAUUUUAUGGUUUUUGUUUUAAAUUUUACCGCUUUUCCACGUGUACUCGCUUUGUUAAACGUACAGUGUAUGCCGGUGGCUUGAUUCGGCAGCAAUGUCAAUUGAACCGGUUGAGGCUGGGAUUGCUCACGCGAGGUAUAUAAACACAGUGGCUGGGAACGCGUGGAAUUUCCCACCUGGUAGCCUAGCCUGGCUCAUCUGCUCUGCCAGUUUAGCUGCUGCCUGAUGCGUGCUUUCAAGGCUUUUUGAAAAUUCCUGCUUCCCACCAAGUGCCACCCUCCUCUCGGCCCUCAUCCGCAUCUCGCUUACAACCCAAGCGUGCUGUUUAAUGCAGCGUUAAGAGAGAACUAACUUCGGCAUCCACCGCGUUCGCCCGCAUAUUCCAGCUCUGGUGCUGGCUAAAGUGAAGGCCACAAUCCCCUCCAAACCCAUCCUCCUCGCCCAGGGGCCGCAGCCAGUGCAGGACUGCCUGCCCCUCACACUCCACCACGGUCAGUGUUCAAAAAGCCCCACCCUCCCUCCCUGCCUCUGUAGGUAUGGCAGGGCAAGCUGUACGAUUGAGCGAGGCGCACUCUGUGCUACAAUAGCUACCGGGGCGCUCUGACCAAUGGUAUUCCUCCAAAUUGACGUUGCGCGCGAUUUGAAUCGAAGCCACCUGUGCGCCGCAUGCUUCAGCUUCUUAGGGAUGAACGCGUGGGUUUUUUUUUUGCUGCUGGGUUCUGUUCUCCCUCGGCCCCGAGACUGCGAAGGGGGCGUUUACCGCAGUUCAGUGAUGGCGAUUGUGUUUUAAAUGCUUUAUUUUUUAGCGUUUUCUGUUUUGCAACAUGCAGCAUAUGGAAUGAUUGGACCAGCUUUAAAUACCCUCUGUUGGCUGUCACUCAUGAACCAAGGCUGUUGAGGUUUAGGCCAUGUUUGUACGUUGCUGUAUAUAUAUACUGUGUUGCUAGAGAGAAAUACCUUUCCAACAGUUGGCUGUUGUGCUGAAAGGCAGGAAAAUUUUAAAAAUAAUAUAGUUAUGUUGAUGGUUGAACAAUUUAAGAAGCAUGCUUUUAUUACAGUGUAUUAAAGGCAAAUAAUAAAUGACGAUAAUGAUAAAGAUAUUGAUAUUUUAAAUAAGGGAUGUUCUUGAAAAUGUAUCUUAAUGUUGGAAUUGAAACUUCAAGAAAAUAACUUAAACGCUGCAAUCCACAGCUACAUUGUCUGUUUAAAUUAGAGUUUUCUCAAUGUUUUAAUUGCAAUAGAUGCGUAUACAGAUUGAGGGGGUGGUAGUGAUAGUUUGCAGUUGGUAGCCAUUCGGCAUCUAGACAGCCCAGUUCACUUAACCAAGAAAACUCAUUAACUCAGGUUGGAAGCAGAUGGCAAAAAGACCUCAUUAGAGCUCCUGAAAAACGAUCGUUUCUCCAAAAUCCCCAAAGAUGCAGGAUUCUCCACGGUGUGUGCGAGGGUGCUAAACAUUUCUAACUGGAUUCUUAGGACUGUGCGAUGGAAACUUAGUAUAUAUGAUUUUUUUUUAUUGCCCCACGGUACAAAAAAAGUAUUGUGGCAGAAAUCCAAUCAACCGCAUUGGUAUUUGGUGACCAUGUCCGUGGAUCUUGUAAAGCCUCGUUGCUCCGCGGGGGUUACACCAAAUAUUCUGCAAACCCUUUUUUUUUGGCGUCCACCGCGGUCUGCCACAGCUACCGGGAGGAGUUGCGAACCGCCAAUAAUCCGAAAAUUGCAGGGAUUUGCGGAUUAUUGGAUCGCAGGUGAUUGCAUUUCUGCUGCGUGUGUUUUUCUGAAGAACCUGCCUUUCUAUAAUACUUAUGGGUCUAUUUUAUUUGAAACCCUGACUGACCAGUGCUUAAUUUUUUGACAGGCAAAUGGUGAUCAUUUGGGUUUAACAUAUGUACGUUUUAAUUUAGUUAUGAAAGGACAGGGUUAACUGUGAUAUCGUUGCUUAAAAAGGCAGGCGAAAUGUACUCCUCUUAACUUGAUGCACAUUGUCGCCAAAUAAAAUGUGAUUUUAAAUGCCAAAAUAGGUACUCUUUGUGCGAAAGCGGAAGCAGUUGGGCGCGCUAAGUAGGCUGUGUGGGGUUCGGGAACGAUUUCAGCCAUUGCACUGUUAAUGGCCAAGAGCUCCAGGAUGGUGAUGCCUUCCUCACCUCCAAGCCAAACGUGAGCCAACACGUGUUGCCCAGCUGCCUUCCCCGAGAAAACUAUUUGAGGGAAACAACACAAAAUAUAAAAUAAGCAUUCCGUGCUUUGUAGGGGUUGGGGGGGGGGGGCACGUCCUGUGUCGACUUGCCAGGCAUCCCCGCGGUUCCCAUUCGCAAGCAUGGGCCCUUCGUGUGCCAAAUGCGCCAACGACAUUCCCAAGGUACGGAGUGCAAAAGAGGCCCUCAGCAGUGUUGCAACCAUCAUUAAAACUAGACUGGAUGUACUGCAUCGUUUCCCCGGUGUGAUUUAAAAAAAAAAUAGACGAGACAGAGAACGGUCUUAAGAAUCCAGGCAAUGUACCUUUACUGCCCUGGUUUCUGUAUAGAAUUGCUCUUGCGGUGUGUGAUGUUGCAGACUUGGGCACAACAAUUCCCUGCUCUCAUUACUGAAUAUUACUAACCUCAAAUAGAAGCAUUACGGAACAUAACGUGUUCAGUCUGAAAAUACAGUGUUGUGGUUUUAAAUGAUAUUUAUUCUCUUUGUAUUUGCAUAUUUACCGUAGUGUUCACUGUUCCUCGCGCGGAGUGACAGCUUUUUGUAAAUCUGCAGUUCAAUUUGUGCCAAGUGCGACAAUAAAACGUGUCGGAUUUUGUACAGUAUUGUGCAAAACUUGCCAAAUUUAAAACAAAAACGACAAAAAAAAGCUGUUGGCACAUUUUAAAUAUAUUUCUACAGUUCAUCCAACAAGCCAUUUUUUAAGUCACGUUUUAUUUUAAUUAACAGGUUUUUUUUUAAAUAAGUUGUUCGAUACUUAAGUUGUGGUCCGUCGAGCACUUGCACAAUUUGCGAUUAUAAUUUGGCUCCACAGGUCUCUGUGUGUGUGUGUGUACCGUGUUUUUAUAAACGCAAAAAAUUGUUGGCCAAUAGUUACUUGUAAUGCUUUAAGGAAACAUUGUAAUAUGUUAAGAAGGCUGGUGUAUAUUAAAAAAAGUGUUAUCAAAAUAUUAAAGCAUUCCACGUGUUUUAAGGUCUUUGCGAUGGAUUCGCGUGCAAAAGAAAAAUCAAAACGUACAAUAUUUUACAUUUUGUUGUUGGUGUUGCGUCGUCAUCCAUCGUACCAUUGUAUUUUCUUUUUUAGACGUAACAGUUUACCCUAUGAAUUGCACUUGUUUUCUAUCGUACGUGUACGUUGUAAAGUAACUGUAGCAUGCUUCAUUUUUUUAAAAUAAAAUAUUGCAAAUGUUUCUGGUAA